AGACUAGUCGAUUUUUGACACCGUUACGGAGAGUACGUGUUUUACAUUUUUGAUUGUUCGAAAUAUAAAGAGAUUCUAUAAUGCCGAAAAAAUUAAAAGUGGUAGUAAAGUCCCUUUAUUCUCAUGAAAUACGUAAAGAUGUGGGCCUGGAAAACUUGAAAUCGUUGAAACUUGAAGACGCAUGGCCCUUUAUUAGAGAUGAAAUCGAGACAGAAAUCGGCAGUAGCCAGUUGGUUUGCAUCCCCCAUAUUACAGAAGCAGACUUGUAUAAGGUCUCAUCCUUGUUUGUGCAAAAUGAUAAAGCAAAAAAUGGCAAAACAUUUACACCUUUAGGUGAAUUGGUCAAGAACAUCAACAAAAAGAAAUCUAACUCUGAAUAUGUGCAAUGGCUCGAAGAGGCGGAUUUUCAAGAUUCUGAUUUCAAAUUUCCUCACGAGAGCGUAAAGAUAACCCUUCAAGAUGAAACUCUUAAAAACAAAGUUAGGGUCAUUAUGGUAAACUUUACUAAAAAUGUGAUUCCAAAGGAUAAAAACUUUGUUAACAAUGUUUAUUUGGAUAUUGAUAAAAUCAAAGAUCUAAAGGGGAAAAAGUCAGUUUUUAUGAUCACAAAAGUACUUUUGGCAAAAACCAUAGAGUUUAGAGUAACCAUUGGUACAUCUUCAAGGAUUUUCCAUUUGGGAAAUGCGUCACCAUUAGUAUUUGGAUUGGAAGAAUUCCUAAUUGCAGAUGAUGGAAAGCUGAUUGCAAAGGAACCGGUGACCAUCAAAUCCAAGGCUCUCAAUUGGCUGAAGCUGGACCCAUCAGAUCACCUCUACAUCCCAGAGAAGAGGGGAGAAACAUCACAUUAGAUCAAUUAGUUUUAGCUGCAAUUUGGUAUUUGAUAGACAAAUUUAACAUUUUAGUUGUCACUUUGAAUGUAGAAGAAAAGCUACGAUUUUUGUGUUAAAAUUAAGACAUGCCUCAUAGCAAUUUAUGUGGAGAACAAAUUUUACAAUGAGUAAUUUAUUUUUCUGUUGUGCAAGAAUGCAUGUUAAUUUGAGUUUUUACUAAGAUUCGUUUUAAAAAGUGUUUAUUACUAAAAGAAAAUUAGCAUUUUUUAUUAAUUAUUUCGUAAAUAAAAUUAAAAAGAUUUAUAUUUAACAAAAACAAAUCAAAGUUUAGCAAAAGUAGAAAUUUAACAACUUCAGUACAAAAUAAUAAGGGAAUUUUAAACAAAAUAUGUGUAACAAAAAAUUGAUUGUAUCUUAAAAUUUAGAAACAGAUGCCAAGGUUCCAUGGUGUAAUGGUUAGCACUCUGGACUUUGAAUCCAGCGAUCCGAGUUCAAAUCUCGGUGGAACCUGGCUAUAGUUUUUUAACAUUUUUUUAAUACCUUGACAAGAAAAAUAUUACAACUGAAUUUGAUUAUAAAUUAUUUUAUGUUUCGUAAUUGUAAAAGUAACUUUUUGGACGUAGAAAUUAGAAUUGCAAAUCUAAAUUUCGCUUACAAUAUACAUCUGUGUUUCGUCAUUUAGUCACUAAGCUUAUUAUAAUUUGCAUAUUGUAUACUAAAAUUUGUGAUUAAAUAUUAAAUUGGAAGUAGCGGUUUUUAGAUAAAAUUUAGAACCAGAUACUGAAUUAGUUAAAUGUUUAAGAAAUAUUUUAUCUUGACAUUCCAAAAGCUAUAUUUUACGGUUUUCACACGCAGGUCUGUGAUUUAUUUUGAGUAUUAUUUUUAAAGCAAUGUGUAAGUUUAGGAAUGUGUACACCUUUAGUAUUUUUGUGUGUUUAGUUGUAGUAUCUGUGACUGACAUUGUUACUGCAAAAUUGUAUUGUAUACUGUAAUUUUUAUUUUAAGUGACAUUUGAUUAAGAUUUAUGUACUUAUUUUUUUUAGUCUGA